AUGUCUUCUAUAAUCAGCUCCGCUCCAAUUACCAAGCUGACCAAGCUCAAGUUGAACAACGGCACCGAAAUUCCUGUUGCAGGAUUCGGAGUUUAUGAGAUUGAGGUUGCUAGUGCCGCUGACUUGGUGUACCAGGCUCUUGCAGCUGGUUACAGACAUAUCGAUUCCGCAGUAGGCUACAACAACGAAAAAGAAUCAGCCCAAGGUAUCGCCAAUUUCUUGAAGGAUCAUCCUGAAGUCAAGCGUCUGGACGUUUACUUCACCACCAAGAUCACCAACGGUGCACAUGGCUACGAUAAGACCAAGAAGCAGAUCCAACAGAUUGCUGAUGAUGUUAAGGAGUCACUUGGGUAUGUGGACUUGAUUUUGGUUCAUUCGCCAUUGUCUGACAAGAAAAGAAGAUUAGAAACCUGGAAGGCUUUACAAGAACAUACAGUAGAAAACGAUGUUUUGCUUAUUAAGUCAAUUGGAGUCUCUAACUAUGGAAUUAACCAUAUAGAGGAAAUCUACAAUUGGGAGGGUUACAAGGUAAAACCAGUGGUGAACCAAGUAGAGUUGCAUCCUUGGUUGCCUCGUACUGAGUUAAUCAAGUGGUUGUUCAAGGAGAACAUCUUACCCGAAGCCUACUCGCCAUUAACUCGUGGUGAGAAGUUUAGUGAUCCAGAGUUAACAGAAUUGGCCACUAAGUCGGGUAUACUGAAGCCAGACAUCCUUUUGAAAUGGGGUUACAUACAAGGAUUCAUUGUGUUGGCGAAGACGGCACAAAUACCAAGAAUCAAACAAAACUUGGAUGCUUUGCCAGAUUCGGGCUCCGUUGAGUUGCCUGAUUAUGUUACGAAAGCUCUUCAUAAACCAGACUCGGUGGAUGUCUUGACUUGGGGAGGUAAUGAUCCCACAUUGUACAAAGAUCCCGUAGCUUAG